AUGGAGAUUGAACACAUUGAUCUGGCGUGUGAGGAGAACAACACGAAUCACCACACGCUUCUGAACGGUGUGGACAGACUGAUCGUGAGGAGAGGACAGCCGUUCACCAUCACUCUACACCUCCGACCGGGAACUCACUUUCAAAAUGGGGCCAAUAUCAAUUUUAUUGCCAAAACAGGUCCAAUACCCUCAGUGGAAGCACAAACCAAAGCCCAAUUCAGCCUCAGUAAACUCAUCUCCAGAUCAUGCUGGAGCGCCACUGCAGAGACGACGUCCGACAGCACAGUCUCUCUGACCGUGUGCUCGCACCCAAACGCCCCUAUUGGAGUCUAUAAGCUGAUCUUGGAUCAGGGAGAAGGAGUUGGUCUGGGAGAUUUUGUCCUGCUCUUUAACCCCUGGUGCAAAAGGGAUUCAGUGUAUCUGGCAAGUGACGCUGAGAGGGAGGAAUACGUCCUCUCUCAGGAUGGGCUGAUCUACCGCGGGAUACCCAAGCGUAUCACAGUCCUACCGUGGACUUUUGGACAGUUCGAGUCUGGCAUAUUGGACAUCUGUCUGCAGAUUUUGGAUGAAAGUCCAAACUACAUAAGUGAUGCAGCUCUGGAUUGUUCUGAGAGGAGGAAUCCUGUGUACGUGACUCGAGUCCUCAGUGCCAUGAUCAACAGUCUAGGAGAUAAAGGAGUUCUGGUGGGUAACUGGUCAGAUGACUAUGAGGACGGGGUAAAGCCCACAGUCUGGAAGGACAGCUGCUCCAUCCUCCGGCAGUGGAGUAGCGACGGCUGCAGGGCGGUGCGUUACGGACAGUGCUGGGUGUUCGCAGCUGUUGCCUGCACAGUGUCCAGAGCUCUGGGAAUCCCAUGCAGAGUCGUCACUAACUUUGGAUCAGCACGUGACAGCAAUGGUGACCUGAUAAUGGAGCGUUUCUACAACGAAUUUGACGAGAACAUUGCUGAUGACUCCAUAUGGAACUUCCACGUUUGGGUGGAGAACUGGAUGACACGUUCAGACUUGGCGCUUGGGUACGAGGGUUGGCAAGCGAGCGACCCGACACCACAGCAUACGAGUGAAGGCGUCUACUGUUGUGGUCCAGCCUCCGUCAGAGCAAUUAAAGAAGGUGAGCUCACUCUCCAAUAUGACGUCCCGUUCCUGUACGCUGAGGUGAAUGCUGACGUGGUGGAGUACAUCAAACUGAGAGAUGGAAGAGUCUUUAAGAUGGGAGGAUCCACUACAGAGGUUGGGCAGUCCAUCAGCACUAAAGCAGUGGGGCGAGAUGAGAGAGAGGACAUUACACACAACUACAAGUACCCAGAGGGUUCUGAAGAGGAGAGAAAAGUUUAUGAGAAAGCAAAUCAUCACAACCGACUGGCACAGGCCGGAGAGGAACCUGGUUUACACAUCAAGAUCAGAGUGACUCCGGAUAUGCAGAUCGGCUCUGACUUUGAUGUCUACGCAGAGCUCAAAAACAACACCAUGGUCACAAAGACCUGUCGGGUCAUGUUUUACGCCCAGGCGGUCUCCUACAAUGGCAAACUUGGAGAAACCUGUGGACUGGGCGAGUUUACAGAGAUGAAUUUAGCAUCUACUGAGGGGGGUAAGGUAACUCUUCGACUGGAGUAUGCGGAGUAUAGUAAAGCCAUAACUCAAGACAGGAUGAUCAAACUGAUGGCUUUGCUCAUUGAUGCAGAGACACGGGAUUUCUACAGAGCAAAGAAAACUAUUGUACUGGACAGCCCUGAAAUAAUCGUCAAUAUUCUGGGUGUGCCGAAAGUGGGCCAGAUCCUGGUGGCAGAUUUAGCGCUGCAGAAUCCACUGCCGGAGCCCCUAGAGAACUGUGUGUUCACUAUACAUGGUGCCAACCUGACCGACGGCAAACCCAUCACUCAUGAAGUUGGAACAGUUGGUCCUAAAGAGUUUGCCACCGCCAAAGUGGAGUUCACACCAAAGUUGCCAGGACAAAGAAAAAUACUGAUAGAUUUUACCAGCGAUAAACUUCAAAACAUUGAGACCUACGAGAAUCUAGUCAUCUAUGAAUAA